UGGUGGCUCGGGGAAUGCCACGCUUAGGACCCUGCACGCUCCGGGGUUUCCCAGCGUUUUCCUGGAGCCGCUGAGCUGGGAGGGGCCGAGGCUGCGGCUCCCCAUAAACCUGGCGGUUUAGCCCACGUCCCGGGCAGAUGUUGGGACUCUCUGCCUUGGAGCAGAGGGUGGGAAAAGGUGGCUGUUCACCGGAGGGUGAGGGGGAAAGCUCAGCACCUCUGGGCUUGAACUUUAGCACCCUCUUCCGCAGCAGUUUAAAGAAAAGGAUUGUCGUAUCCCGAGCAAGCCAGCCGGACAGCCAGGCAGACAGAGGAGUGGAGGAGAAGCCAGCUACUUUCUCCAGCGGGGUUUUUAUGGGGUUCUUUAUAAAGAAAUAACACUGGCAAGAAAACACCAAGAAGCCAGGGAAUGUUUCUAGCUCUCGGGACGCUUGGUGAGCGGCUCUGGGGCCGCCGUUAAUCACCGCGAGGAGCCCGUCCUGCCGUGCAGAUGUGUGUGAUUGGAGCAGCGCGAGGGUUAUUUUCUUUUGACUGAAGGCAACCCAGCCCCGGCGGAUUAAGCCCUUUGUGCGUGCGAGUGUGCCUUCAUGGGACCUGCUCCCACAAAACCAGCUCCAGGGGUUUUGGGGACCAUCCCCUAGGUCAGGGGACUCUCCCAGAGGAGGGGGGGCCUCCUACUUCCGUGGAGCUGAAGCGAUGCCGAGACAGUAGCACCCUUGGCAGGCAGCGUGGCGUGCUCCGGGAUGGCUGUCUAUGCCCUCACGGGCUUCUCGCUCGUCAGCUUGCUCAGCUUUGGCUAUUUAUCCUGGGACUGGAUGAAGCCCAGUUUAGUGGCUGAUGUGGCCAUGGACCCCAUGGAGAAAUCGCUGCCUCCUGCCUUUGCCAGGCCCCCCCACAUCAUCUUCAUCCUGACUGAUGACCAGGGCUACCAUGACGUCGGGUACCAUGGCUCGGAUAUCCAGACGCCAACGCUGGACAGGUUGGCAGCUGAGGGCGUUAAGCUGGAGAACUACUACAUCCAGCCCAUCUGCACCCCGUCCCGCAGCCAGCUGAUCACCGGCAGGUACCAGAUCCACACAGGACUGCAGCACUCCAUCAUCCGCCCUCGGCAGCCCAACUGCCUUCCCCUUGACCAAGUCACCCUGCCCCAGAAGCUGCAGGAAGCCGGCUACUCUACACACAUGGUGGGCAAGUGGCACCUUGGCUUCUACAAGAAGGAAUGCCUGCCCACCCGCCGGGGCUUUGACACCUUCCUGGGCUCCCUGACGGGCAAUGUGGACUACUACACCUAUGACAACUGUGACGGGCCGGGCGUCUGUGGCUAUGACCUGCACGAAGGGGAAGACGUGGCUUGGGACCAAAGUGGCAAGUACUCCACCUUUCUCUAUGCCCAGCGUGUCAGCAAGAUCCUGGCAUCCCACAGCCCCAAGGAGCCCAUUUUCAUCUACGUGGCCUUCCAAGCAGUCCACACACCUCUGCAAUCGCCCAAGGAGUACAUCUACCGCUACCGCUCCAUGGGCAACGUUGCUCGCCGCAAGUAUGCCGCCAUGGUGACAUGCAUGGAUGAGGCGGUGAAGAACAUCACCUGGGCCCUCAAGAAGUACGGUUAUUAUGACAAUAGUGUGAUUGUGUUCUCCACUGACAAUGGUGGGCAGACCUUCUCUGGAGGAAGCAACUGGCCACUACGGGGCCGCAAAGGGACGUACUGGGAAGGGGGAGUCCGUGGAAUCGGUUUUGUACACAGUCCCCUGAUCAAGCGCAAGCGCCGGACCAGCUGGGCCCUGGUUCACAUCACAGACUGGUACCCAACUCUGGUCAGCCUGGCCAGGGGCAACCUGAGCAACGUCCCAGGCCUGGAUGGCUACAACGUCUGGCCUGCCAUCAGCGAGGGCAAGGAGUCACCGCGAACUGAAAUCCUGCACAACAUUGACCCCCUGUACAACCAUGCCAAGUAUGGAUCCUUGGAGGAUGGCUUCGGCAUCUGGAACACAGCCGUGCAAGCCUCUAUCCGGGUUGGGGAGUGGAAGCUCCUCACAGGUGACCCUGGGUACAGCGACUGGAUCCCCCCGCAGACCCUGACCAACUUCCCGGGGAGCUGGUGGAACCUGGAGCGUCUCACCGAUGGCCUGAGAAAGUCUGUGUGGCUCUUCAACAUCACUGCCGACCCCUAUGAGCGCUAUGACCUCUCGGACCAGCGCCCAGAUGUGGUGAGGACCCUCUUGAUGAGGUUGGUGCACUACAACCAGACAGCCAUCCCGGUACGGUACCCUGCAGAGAACCCUCGGGCUCACCCGGACUUCAACGGCGGGGCCUGGGGACCUUGGGCCAGCGAGGACGAUGCGGAGGAGUGGGAAGGUGGUGGGGAGCCCCUGAAGAGUAGGAACAAGAAGAAGAAAUGCAAGAUCUGCAAGCUGCGCUCCUUCUUCCGCAAGCUGAACACCAGGCUCAUGUCCAACCGCAUCUAAUGGGAGAAUCCCCCAGCACACACCCAGCCUGGCCAGGAUGGAGCUUGGGACUGCAGUGCCAUGGGGUGGGAGUGAGGGAGAGGGAUGGACGGUGAGGUGGCCAGCACCCUUAUGCUUUCACUUGCUUCAGAGUUCACCCCAAAACAUUUCUCCUCUCUGGCUGGACUGGUGGCCACAGGACGGUGGUGUCGGUGGGCAGGGAAGGGCGAUGCAGUCUCAGUGGUGGUGUACGGCUCUGCUGAGCUGGGUUGGCCCAUGCACAGCCCCUUCCAAAGCCAGAGACGCUUUUCUCAAGGGCUCCGCAGGCAACUGCAAACUUUAAGUGUUGGCCAUUGCAAAGGCAGGAGGCAACACAGGACCCUGGGGUGGCAAUGCAGAGAGGUAGCUGGCCUUGGUGGCUCUGUCUGUGGGUUGUCCCUAAUCAUGUCCCUGUAUAUACAUGCUCCUGACUUUCUGCAUGCUGCCAGGCAGCUGCCGCCUUUGCUCUUACUCUGGGAACUUGAGAGCCUCCCCCAGACAUAAGACCAUGAUAUGUCCGUAUUAUACUUCUUUGUGGAAGGAUGGAUUCCUGACCAUGGAUGUCAGACCUGAGACCACCAAGACUGGACUCAGCUUUGCUGCUACACUGACCUCAAGUGGGGCUGUGGCUUCUCCUCUCUGCUGGCCUGGGGGGCCAGGAGCAGCACCAGUGAGGAGCCAUGGCCCACGGAGAUGUGGUUGGAGGCACUGAGAGGACAGAUAGUUCUUCACAGCCCCACACUUGGGAGGCAGGUUUGUCCCAAGGUCUGGUGGGCUUCACAUGGGUCAGCCACCCAGCAGAUCCUUUCAUCCGCAGUUCUGCCUGGCCAGACCCCGCCAUGGGCAUGUCUGUAGGCACCCAUGUUCCGCCCCAUGCACCUUAAGCAUCCAACCAGCCAUCUCUUUGGGCUGGGGCUGUCCCCAUCCCCAUGUCUCUGCUUCGGAACCUGGAGCAGAAGGAAGAUCUCAAGAAAAUCUCUGCAGAGGCUGAUGUGCUGCUCUGUAGCUGCAGGACCUCGAAGCUGUGGGGGACACGGGGACGUUGCAUAUGGCCACUGCUGUCCCAGCAGUGCAUGUGUUGGAGAGGAAGCACCUCUCCAUGAUCCACCUGCCGUGGGGAGCCAGCCCAUGCGACUGCAGGGGGCUGGGCAGCGCAGGAGCAAAGCACCGAGCCCCCGCGCCUUCGGCGGGGAGCAAGUGUGCGUACGUGUGCUCCGAGGAGAGCUGGCAAGGAUGAAAGAGGGUAAAUAGCUUUAAAAGCAUUUUGGAUGCAUGGUGCAUUUCCAUUUACACAAUGUGUUUUACAUUUCUCUCUACAGGUUUCUCUUGGUGCAGUGUGUGUAGGCGAAGGCCCUGCUGUGAAUUUUGAAAAUAGUUAUUUUUGUCUCUGGAAAAUGAGGCCCGUUAGGACUUGUCAGCUCUUGGAUGAGCAGUGUGGGCUUUUUUUUUUUUUUCCCUUUUUUUCCCCCCUCUCUCUCCCUUGCAAAAUAACAUUCAUUUAAAAUCUGUCAUUGAAAGAUGUGACAAUUGGCAGCGUGCACGCUGAAUACCUUUCAGUGCGCUUUCAAACCCUGUGUGUGAGUGAGGGACGAAGACGGGAAGAGAAUGCAAUGACACGUUUGUAUUUCUUUUUUUUUUUUUUCUUACUCUUAGCUGGAUUAUUUGGGGGAAUUGGGAUUUUCUAUAGAAACGAAGUAAAAAAAAAAGCUGACAGCAAGGCAGAAUAGAGGAGGCCUCCUGUUGUAAAGAUGGGAAGGAGCUGGCAAAGUCGGAGCGUGGCAGCAUGUGCGCAGGUCCCAGCCGCUCUGUGCACACCCAUCACCACCCCAUCAGCCCCCACAUCCCUGCGGGCACGUCCCCUGCGGUGGCAUCAGGGACAGGUUUCACAGGGGGACUCAGCUCCUCCAUCAGCCCCAUCUCCACCCCCGGCUCCCCUAAUACAUCGUUCUACGGGGACCUGGCCGUGCAGCAUUGCCCUGGCUGAGGCGAGCCUGGGAGGAUGCUGCACAUCCCUGAACUACCUCACUUGGCCAGCCCGGUCCCCAAGAUGCCACCGCUGGUGUCCUCUUCGGCAGCAGGGCUGCCAUUUGGCAAAGCCAACUGGUUGCUGAAUAUAAAGUAACACUUUGCUGAAGAAGAGGAGGCUCCUGUGGGCUAAGCCGGAGGAGGGCAGGGGAUGAUGGCUGCGGGGGGGCUAAGGGACGAGUCACAGCAAAGGACUAACUAGCGCUGGAGGCAGUGGCAAAGUGGGGCUGGCCGUGGGGCGGCGACAAGGCUCGGAUAAUGGCUUUCAUUUCCAUAUUUAUAUAAACAUGUCCAAGUUUAGUCCUGCUUUUAUUUUUUUUUCAUUCAAAAAUGGAAAUUUCCAUGAAAACAUGUUUGAUUUUUCUCCCUUCAGUUUUACUAAUAUCCCCAUGAAAAUUUUCAUCUGGUCUUGCUUCAUUCCCCUUUUCUGAUCUUCUGGGCUGAUGCUGGGUUCCGACAGUCACCCUAGCCAGAGUGUUGGGUCUGUGUUAUUUUUUUUUUUAAUUAAAAAAAGUUGCAUUCUGAA